GUGUGCGAGUGUGUGUACCGGAGUGUGUGCGCACACGCCUUCGGGGGCCGGAGUGACACUGCAGUGGGCUUCUCCCUGGCCCCGGCCUUCCGGCUGCUUAGAGUCCAACCGGCCCGCUUGGCUUUUGGGAAGCAGCUUGGCUCUCAUCUUCCCAAGCCUUCCUCUCCAUCCUUUCGUCCACCCCUUGCCGAUCUUACUUUUCCUUUUACCCACGGGACCGCGGCCCGCCACCCUCCAACCGUUGCAAACACCCAAGCUGUCCCCGGUACUCUCUCAAGCUGCUAUUUUCCCACCUGUCUUUCUCUGGGAUUCCUCCCGGGGCCAGUCCAAGGCUCCCUCAUCUUUGGGAAUUGUUUUAUCCGACCGUUGUACCGAGCAGUGUAAAGCUUGAGGACUUUAUUAUUAUUUUGAUUCUUUUCAUUUCCUCCCCUUCUGGGCAACGGAGCAAUGAAAUUUCCAAUCGAGACGCCAAGAAAACAGGUGAACUGGGAUCCUAAAGUGGCCGUCCCCGCAGCAGCGCCAGCCUGCCAGCCCAAGAGCGCCACUAACGCCGCCAACACCACUAACGGGCACCCUGCGGCUCCACGCCUGUCCAUUUCCUCCCGAGCCACGGUGGUAGCCAGAAUGGAAGGCGCCUCCCAGGGGGGCCUGCAGACCGUCAUGAAGUGGAAGACAGUGGUUGCCAUCUUUGUGGUCGUGGUGGUCUACCUCGUCACCGGCGGUCUCGUCUUCCGGGCAUUAGAGCAGCCCUUUGAGAGCAGCCAGAAGAAUACCAUCGCCUUGGAGAAGGCAGAAUUCCUGCGGGAUCAUGUCUGUGUGAGUCCCCAGGAGCUGGAGACCUUGAUCCAGCAUGCCCUUGAUGCUGACAAUGCGGGAGUCAGUCCGAUAGGAAACUCUUCCAACAACAGCAGUCACUGGGACCUUGGCAGUGCCUUUUUCUUUGCUGGAACCGUCAUCACCACCAUAGGGUAUGGGAAUAUUGCUCCAAGCACUGAAGGAGGCAAAAUCUUUUGUAUUUUAUAUGCCAUCUUUGGAAUUCCACUCUUUGGUUUCUUAUUGGCUGGAAUUGGAGACCAACUUGGAACCAUCUUUGGGAAAAGCAUUGCAAGAGUGGAGAAAGUCUUUCGAAAGAAGCAAGUGAGUCAGACCAAGAUCCGGGUCAUCUCAACCAUCCUGUUCAUCUUGGCCGGCUGCAUUGUGUUUGUGACGAUCCCCGCUGUCAUUUUUAAAUACAUCGAGGGAUGGACAGCCUUGGAGUCCAUUUACUUUGUGGUGGUCACUCUGACCACGGUGGGCUUUGGUGAUUUUGUAGCAGGGGGAAACGCUGGCAUCAAUUACCGGGAGUGGUAUAAGCCCCUCGUGUGGUUUUGGAUCCUUGUUGGCCUUGCCUACUUUGCUGCUGUCCUCAGUAUGAUCGGAGAUUGGCUACGGGUUCUAUCCAAAAAGACAAAAGAAGAGGUUGGCGAGAUCAAGGCCCACGCGGCCGAGUGGAAGGCCAACGUGACCGCCGAGUUCCGGGAGACACGGCGACGGCUCAGCGUGGAGAUCCACGACAAGCUGCAGCGGGCGGCCACCAUCCGCAGCAUGGAGCGGCGGCGGCUGGGCCUGGACCAGAGGGCCCACUCGCUGGACAUGCUGUCCCCGGAGAAGCGCUCUGUCUUCGCCGCCCUGGACACGGGCCGCUUCAAGGCCUCGUCCCAGGAGAGCAUCAACAACCGGCCCAACAACCUGCGCCUUAAGGGGUCGGAGCAGCUGAACAAACACGGGCAAGGCGCCUCCGAGGACAACAUUAUCAACAAGCUGGGGUCCACCUCCAGACUCACCAAGAGGAAAAACAAGGACCUCAGAAAGGCCUUGCCCGAGGACGUCCAGAAAAUCUACAAGACCUUCCGGAAUUACUCCCUGGAUGAAGAGAAGAAAGAGGAAGAGACAGAAAAGAUGUGUAACUCGGACAACUCCAGCACAGCCGUGCUGACUGACUGUAUCCAGCAGCAGGCGGAGCUGGAGAACGGAAUGGUACCCACGGACACCAAAGACGGGGAGCUGGAGAAUGAAAACAACUCAUUACUUGAAGACAGAAACUAAAUGUGAAGGACUUUGGACUCAGAUUGAGCGUUGGUUUUUUGUUUUUGUUUUUUGUAUUCACACUGAGACACGUGCCUUAAACAGACUUCUUGUUAGUCCAAAAUUACAUAGCAUUGGAGAAUAUAUUUCACUGUGCCAUAAACAACUGAAAGCUUGCUCUGCCAAAAGGAAUCAAAGGACAAGAACUUUGUGUCAGAUAGCAACCGCGGGACACAUGGGGAGUGUUCAUACACAUAGCAGGUUACAGCUGUGCAUGUUAGGGGUGUUUUAGUGGCAGUGCUGUGGCACCACUGUGCAGCAGCACCCUGGCAUGACACGUAGACAAGGGCAGCUAUUCCGUAGACCAGCCUCCUGAAGGGAACAGGUGUGUCUUUUAGAAUUUUGUGCACAUGCAGAAGGGGACCUGAUUGGGGGGUGAACUGGUAACUAUAACUAGGGUUAGAGUUGACUGUUUGGCAUGUGCUCUGAGCUUGAAUUUUGAUACAAACCAUUCAGUGCAUAAUGCUCCAAAUGAUGCCUGUGGGACCGGAGAGCACCUGGAAUUUGUUGGAAGCAGAUCAGAGCACAUGUAUUAAAAGGUGCAAUUGCUUUUCUCAU